UUGAGUCAGAGAUUUUGCUGGUUUUGGCAUGCACUCACAAAAAGGUUGCCCACCCCUGACCUAGGGCCUAGGUCACUGGGUCAACAUACUUUUUAGUGGUUGUAACUCUCACAGCUGGGCCGUGUGUUGGAGUCAUUUCUGUGCAGCUGUGUUUUUGGAAGUGAGCAGGGGCAUGGAGGCCCUUCAUCCUGGGGGAAUGAGGGCAGAUGCACAGGGGCCAGGAUCUGUCCAGAGCGUGCCCCAGUCAGCAUCCUCACCCCACCCCCUUUUCUGCACAUUCAGGCCCGGGACACAGACCAGAAAUGCCUUGAGGAGCUGCAGGAAGAGAACAUGGCCCUCAAGACUGCACAGGGGCAGAGUGUGGAGGAGUCCGCCCACCUGCGCUGGGAGCUGGAGCAGCUGUCAGAGGCCUCCAGCUGCUUCCUGAAGCUGGACCAGGAGAAGCAGAGCCUCCAGGGCACCAUCCAGGGGCUGCGGGACGCCUCCCUGGCCCUGCAGGAGAGCAGCUUCCAGCACCGGGAGCUGGAGAUGGAGAACCAGCAGCUCAGAAAGCAGGUAACUGUGGGUGCUGUCCAAAAUAUACGGGCAUAUAGGUGGCCAGGGGCAGCACCCAGGUGUCGGUGAGCAUGCGCAGCUGGGGGACAGGCAGAGUCCAGUGCAGCCACUGUUACGGUAGGGGGACAGAGGCCUCCUGGAGAG